AUCCGCUGGAAGUACAUGAUCGUGGACGAGGGCCACAGGAUGAAGAACCACCACUGCAAGCUCACCCAGGUCCUCAACACGCACUACGUGGCUCCGCGCCGUUUGCUCCUGACGGGAACCCCCCUGCAGAACAAGCUCCCAGAGCUGUGGGCGCUGCUUAACUUCCUCCUGCCCACCAUCUUCAAGAGCUGCAGCACCUUCGAGCAGUGGUUCAACGCGCCCUUCGCCAUGACGGGGGAGAAGAAACCCUCAGAUCGGGGCGCUCGCGGCACAGAGGCUUCGGGUGUUCCGGUGCGGAGCGAAGCGUCGCCGCGCUCGACCCCUGCCCCGGGGGGGUCUCCGCGGAGGGGAACUUCCCCUGCGGUAACGGUUCCCUUUGGCGCCGCAGGCUGA